AUGUCUCACAAUGAAAACUCAUCGAGCUCAAAUGAAUAUUCGGAAUGGGAAGCAUGGGUUGUUCAAAAUAAUCGACAACUCGAUGAAAUCAUCACUAAAUUACUCAUAGAAGAUCAUCCUCCCAGAGCAAGAAGGAGGUAUUGCGAUCAAGAACGUAAGCAGGGUGAGGCAUGUUUAGUGGAAGACUACUUAGUUGACAACCCAACGUAUGAUCAAGCAACCUUUCGGCGUAGAUUCUGUAUGCAAAGACCACUAUUUUUCCGUAUAGUGACAGGUGUUACCGCCAAUGACCUAUAUUUUCAACAAAGGCAUGAUACCACAGGUAGACAAAGUCUUUCACCAUUGCAUAAAUGUACGACAGCUAUGCGGGUCUUGGCGUAUGGGACAUCAGCAGAUGCACAAGAUGAAUAUACAAGAAGGAGUGAAAUUGUAACAAAGGAUGCUUUAAUAAAGUUUAUAGAAGGUGUCAUUUCAUGUUUCGGCAAAAAGUAUCUUAGAAGGCCAAAUGAAGCUGAUUUGGCAAGACUACUUCAUGUGAGGGAGGAACGUGGAUUUUCGGGUAUGAUGGGAAGCAUUGAUUGUAUGCACUGGACAUGGAAAAAUUGUCCCACUGCUUGGGCUGGACAAUAUGCAGGUAGAAGCGGUAAACCAACAAUCAUUUUGGCAGCUGUUGCGUCGUAUGAUUUAUGGAUAUGUCAUGCGUUCUUUGGAACACCAGGUACGUGCAAUGACAUUAACAUCCUCCAUCUGAAAGAGAGAAAAACUAUUUAA